AUGGCAGCCGUAGAGGGUGGCACCGGUCGGCCUUCCUUUGCCGAUCUGGUGGGUGCCGUCCCUCAACCUAUACCGGAGAUGCUUCUUGCACCCAGGCUUCCAAAGAUGUUGGAAGGUGAGGUAUAUUUUCAGUUUACUAAAGAAGAAAUAGCAAGAUCAGCGGAACCUUUCCGCUACUCUGUAGUCCUCAAGUUCUUGAAGAACCGUCCGUCGUUGGAUGCUGUGAGGGCUUUCAUUCACAGUCGAUGGGGCCUUACGGCCAGUCCAGUAGUUUCUGCCAUGAGGAGACCGCGUAACGUCUUCAUUCGCAUGGCUAAUGAAGUUGAUUUCACCAAAGCAUUAUCAUGGGAGGUUUGUGAAAUAAAUGGGAUCUUCUACCGUGCAUUCAGAUGGUCACCAGAAUUCAAUGAGGAUGCCGAACCAUCAAGGGUCCUGGUAUGGGUUUCUUUGCCGGGUCUUCCUCCAAACUUUUAUCAAGAAUCUUUCUUGAAGAUUUUGAUGGCACCGAUUGGAACUUUCAUUCGCCGUGAUAAUCCGACACGGUGUGCAACAAGAACGGAUGGUGCACAGCUCUGUGUGGAAGUGGAUGCUGCAAAACCGCCACCGUCUCAUUUCUAG